AUGUUUGGUUUUAAUUCAUACUGGAUCCUUGCCAAGUGUAUUGUAUUUGAGACUGAACCAGAUGCUGAGGUGGAUAAUGUUUUUGGCCUGAUUCUGAACGCUAAUGCAGUGAGCCAGCAGAACUUGGUAGAAGGUGACAUUGCAGUGAGACGCAGCCGCAGCGCAAUGUUCUGUGCAACUGAUGCUUGUUACUGGCCCCAAUCCAGCGAUGGAAUUGUUCAGAUCCCCUACAUCAUCUCCUCUGAUUUUGCACAAAAAGACAGAGAUAAGAUUCAAAAAUCCAUGACCGAGUUUGAAACAUUGACUUGCAUUGAUUUUGUGGAGCGAAAAGAAGAAAAUGACUAUUUAAAUAUUAUCUCUGGUGAUGGCUGCUGGUCUUUUCAUGGAAGGACUGGAGGUGCCCAAACACUGUCUUUGAAAAAGCCAUGGUGCUUGUGGAUGGGAGUCAUAGAGCAUGAGUUGGAACAUUCACUGGGUCUUAUCCAUGAGCAUACUAGAAGUGACAGAGACAACUAUGUGAAGAUCAUGUGGCAAUACAUUAGUCCUCGUGCUAGACGUAACUUUGAGAAAAAGACAAAGUCGAACAACCUGGGUCUUGAGUACGACUAUGCCUCAAUAAUGCAUUAUGGCAGAAAACAAUUCUCUAACACCUCUGGUGAGGCCACUAUUAUUCCAAUUCCAGAUGAAUCCGUACUUAUCGGACACAGUACUGGACUGAGUAACCUUGAUGUGGCCAAAAUCAACAGGCUGUAUAACUGCAGUCAUUGUAGUACUGUGUUGCACACUUCCAAAGGUUUACUGACCUCUGCCAACUAUCCAUCAAAGUACCAAAGUGAUACCAACUGCCUUUGGCUUAUUCGACUCCCAGGAAACCCCUUCAGAAAGCUGGUUUCCUUGACAUUUGAUGUGUUUGACCUGCAAUCCUCUGAAGGUUGUACAGCUGACUAUGUGAAGGUAUAUGAUGGGAUCAGCAAAUCGGACAAGGUGCUACUGGACAAGACCUGUGGAAUAAAGAUACCCCCAACUUUAACUUCGUCUAAAAAUACUAUGCUGAUAGAAUUUGUCAGUGAUCACAGUGUGGAAGGCACAGGCUUCAGGGCCUCUUACACUUCUAAGUCUGCAUUUGUAUACCCACGUGGCUGGCAGUUAACCAAUGGGAUUAACUCUGGAGUUUCAGAUUUCAUCUGA